AUGUGUGUCAGCGACGCUGGCAACGGUCUUCGAAAUACCGAUUUUGUCAAUGCUUAUCCUGCCGGUAUUCAUGUUGGAACGAGUUGGAAUAAAGACCUCGCACGAAGACGGGGUGCUGCCAUGGGCGGUGAGUUCAGAAGGAAAGGCGUCAACGUUCUUCUAGGUCCGGUGGUUGGGCCAGCUUGGAGAAUUGUUCGAGGCGGGAGGAACUGGGAAGGAUUCUCAGUUGAACCGUAUCUGUCUGGCUCUUUGGUGGCCCAGACUAUCCAAGGCGUUCAGAGCCAAGGCGUUCAGACUAGUCUCAAACAUUACAUUGCCAACGAACAAGAGCUGAACAGAAAUCCCAGCGGGGCAGUUGAAGCUGUAUCAUCCAAUGUCGAUGACAAAACCAUGCAUGAAGUCUACCUCUGGCCAUUCCAAGACGGCGUAAGAGCUGGCGCAGGCAACGUUAUGUGCUCAUACCAGCGAAUCAACAACUCAUAUGGCUGCGCCAACAGCAAAACCCUCAAUGGUCUUCUCAAGACAGAGCUCGGUUUCCAGGGUUUCGUCAUGUCAGAUUGGGGUGCUCAACACGCUGGGGUUGCUACGGCUCUGGCAGGAAUGGACAUGGCUAUGCCAAGCGGAGACGGCUUUUGGGGAGAUCAUCUUGUGAAAGCUGUCAAGAACGGCUCUGUCCCAGAGUCUCGAGUCACCGACAUGGCAACGAGGAUCUUAACCACGUGGUACCAGUUUGGUCAGGACGCCAUAUUCGACAAGCCAGGCAUUGGUAUGCCUCUGGAUGUUCGACAGCCACACGAGGCUAUCGAAGGCCGCGACCACAAAGAUGGGCCUGUGCUUCUAGAUGGAGCCAUUGAGGGACAUGUCCUCGUCAAGAAUACCAAGAAUACGCUUCCCUUGAGGUCCCCUCGAAUGCUCUCGCUAUUUGGAUAUUCAGCAAGAUCUGCUGAUUCUCUCUCUCCCGGUCCUGGUGACCUUCUGAUCAAUUUGUGGCGAUUUGGAUUGACAUCCGUCAGUCUUAGCGACGUCCUGUCAAGUCUGCUCGGCGGGCAGCAAACCAGAUAUCCCAAUAUUGCUGUCAACGGCACUAUUAUGGGCGGAGGAGGAUCCGGUGCGGGAACUCCUGCUGUUUUUGUUGCACCAUAUGACGCCCUUUCGACGAGAGCGGCUCAAGACGACACCGCUAUAUUCCACGACUUUGGAAUGCCAGAGCCUGCGGUCGUUCCCAGCACAGACACAUGCAUCGUAUUUGGAAAUGCAUGGGCGUCGGAGGGGUACGAUCGUCCCGGUCUUUACGACAAUUUUACUGACUCAAUCGUCAAAACAGUCGCUGAUCAAUGCAAUAAGACCGUUGUGGUGCUUCACAAUGCCGGGCCAAGGAUCGUCGAGAGCUUUGUCAACCAUCCCAACGUAACAGCAAUCAUGUUUGCUCAUUUACCGGGCCGAGACAGUGGAACCAGCCUCGUCAAGUUACUCUACGGAGAAGCCGGGUUUUCAGGCAAGCUCAGUUAUACCGUGGCCAAAAAGGAAUCAGAUUAUGGUCAUUUGCUCAGCCCCGACGAACCCGCCGGCAAGUUCCAGAAGUUCCCACAGUCCAACUUCACAGAGGGCGUGUAUCUUGACUACAAGUACUUUGAAAUGCAUAAUAUCACUCCUCGAUACGAGUUUGGUUUUGGUCUGAGCUACACGACCUUCGGCCUCGCGAAUCUUGUCGUACAACACGUCAAUGGCGGUAACUCGGGUGAAUGGGCAGAGGGUGCGGUUAUUCCCGGCGGCCGGGCAGAUCUGUUUGAUAACAUCGCUACGGUGACGGUCGACGUGACCAACACAGGAAACAUGCCUGGCGCAGAGGUGCCGCAGUUGUACGUUGGAAUCCCGGGUGGGCCAGCCAAGCAACUCCGGGGAUUUGAAAAACGGUUCUUGGCACCCGGUACAACAGUUCCGGUCGAGUUUCCGUUGACAAGACGCGAUUUGAGUGUGUGGAACACGACAGCUCAGAAAUGGUGGUUGCAGAGGGGGGAGUAUAAUAUAUAUGUGGGAACGAGCAGUCGAGAUGUUCCUUUGAGGGGCAUUCUGACUAUUGAUUAG